AUGACUCUUCAAAAGCUCCAGAGUUCAUCAUCUGAGCAAAACUUCAAUGAGGUCGCAUUUGGCAUCUACUAUGCGAACAGGUCACUAGGAGAGAACUUGGAAACCACAUAUCCAACCCUUAACUUAGUGCCACUGAAGGUCUCAGUCCAGCACGACCUCACCAUUUUGCAAAUUGCUAGAAAGGUCCAAGAGGACCUGCAUCUCAUUUCUUCACACUCGACCGCUGGACUCUGGGAAAUCAAGGACUGGACUGGAGUUGAGAUUAAUUGUUUUGUCAACUUUCUCCAUCUCGAUGACGAGAGCACGGAAACGUUGAAACAUGGAGAUAUAGCAUUGGAGCCUGUCUCUGAUGCCCGUGAGAUCGAAAGCCUCAAGCAGACUUUUGGCAGUAAUGACGCUUCGACGAAAUGCUCGACACGCUGGCUGAGUAAUAAUGCAGUUCGAGAUGCAUUCCCGGAUGCACUGGACAUCGAAGCCUCGAUCAAUGCAGGUGGGAUGGACAUUGGUGUCUUUGGGGCCUCCACGAUGGCCUCUGAGACUAGUGCUAAUGAGAUCAUUGGGCUUCUCAGUGGCCUUUUGAAGGAGCUGUAA